AGUAAAAUUCAUAUUACGCCGAAACGGACGUCACGCUGAUAAGCGCAUCUGCGUGUCGUUGUUGAAAUUUUUCCAAAUACUACGAUAAACGUAAUUAAUUAUAUCUAUACUUGAUAGCCUCAAAUUCAUAAAUAUUAUAACAACUAUGGCAGAAAUUGAAUGGCCAUGGCAAUAUAGUUUUCCACCUUUUUUCACUCUUCAACCUCACACAGAAACGAGAGCUAAACAGUUAGCAGCAUGGAAGAGUUUAAUUUUAGAAUAUUAUCGUAUUACAAAACAAUCAAUUAUAGAUAUACGUGAAGUGCAUUCCAAUCCAUUGUUUAAUAAUGCAACAAUCAAUCGAAAAUUACCAUCAGAAGUUGUAUUAUUAGUAUUAGAAGAAUUGUCUAAAUCAGGGAAUGCAAGUCCAUUAGAUAAAACAAAGCAAAGAUGGUUAGUUUAUUGGCACACGCUAGAAGAAUGGGGUGAAAUAAUUUACAAUUGGGCACAAGAAAGUGGAUUAGUUGGAUCUGUAUGUACUUUAUUUGAAUUAACUCAAGGAGAAGAUACAGUGAAUCAAGAAUUUCAUGGGCUUGAUACAGAAGUAUUAAUUAGAGCACUUAAGACAUUAGAAACAAAUAAAAAGGCAGAAUUAAUACUGUUUGAUGAUAAUCAAGGUGUUAAAUUCUUUUAAAUAUACGAAUGGAUGAAGAAAGUAUUUAAGGAGUGUAAAUAUAAAUGUGUAUUAUUACUGAACGAUACUUCUGUGAUAAAGGAAAAAUAUUUUAUACCUUGCGGAAGAAAUAAUAAAAUAAUAGAUUUCAAAGAAAUUCAUAAAUUAAAAUCAGGUAACCCAACGGUAUCCAGUACCAUAACCAUUGUAACAAGACCAGCUUGUGGAAUACCAGCAGCUCCUAUACUAGCUGCAGUAGCCGUUAUACUACAAAAAGAAUAGUCUUACAAUUAUCACGACAUUGAUUAUUUUAAUCAUUCCUUAUGAGUAAUAAUUCGGGUCAAUAGCUACCUAACGCCAAUAACUUUGCCAAGAGUCAGUGGAACUCUUCUGACUUGGGCUAUAAAAAUUGCGGCC